AUGGCUGAAGCACUCGUUUCUGUUGUCUUGGAGCAGUUGGCUUCAAUAGCUCGUCAACUAGUUGAAGAACGGUUGAGGCUAGUGGUGGGUGUUGAUGAUGAUGUCCAAAAUCUCACCCGCAAUUUUCGGUCCAUUCAAGCUGUCCUUGAAGAUGCAGAGAACAGACAAUUCAAGGAGAGUGCUGUGAGGGUUUGGUUGGAUAAGCUUAAAGAGGCAUCCUAUGACAUCGAUGAUGUGUUGGAUGAGUGGAACACUUCUAUUGGGAAAUUACAAGUCAAUGAAGUUGAAAAUGCUUCCAAGCCUAUGAUCAAAAAGGUAUGUUCACUCAUCCCUUGUUAUACAUUUUGUUUUAGAAAAGUUAUCCUGCCUUGUGCCAUUGCUCGCAAGAUAAAAAGUUUAAGUAAAACAAUAGAUGAUAUUGCUACGGAAAAAGAUAGGUUUCGUUUCAGUUCGGAAGCGCGCACUAUAGAUAUAAAACCACCAAUGACUGCAUCUUUUGGUGAUAUAUCAAUGGUUCAUGGAAGAGAAGCUGAUAAGGAGGAGUUAUUAAACAAGUUAUUGAAUGAGAGUAGUCAAGAGCCAGCCAUCUCUAUUGUUUCUAUUGUAGGGAUGGGUGGAAUCGGUAAAACUACUCUUGCUCGAUUAGUUUUUGAUAGUGAUAAGGUGAAAACCCAUUUUGACAAAAAAAUAUGGGUCUGUGUCUCGAAACCUUUUGAUGAGAUUAGGAUUGCAAAAGCAAUCCUUGAAUCUCUUGGAGGUGAUCCAUCAAAACUAGGUGAACUAGAAACUAUAUUGCAACAUCUAAGUCAAGAUCUUGAUAAGAAUAAGUUUUUUCUUGUCCUAGAUGAUGUAUGGACUGAAGAUUUCAAAAAUUGGGAACAAUUAAAAGAUUGUUUAAAGUGUGGUUCUCAAGGAAGUAGAAUUCUAGUUACCACACGUAAGCAAAAUGUUGCCAAAACUAUAGGAGCCACCAACAUGAUCUUGUUAGGGACAUUAUCAGAAAAUGAGUCUUGGUUGUUAUUUAGUCAAAUGGCAUUUUCCCGUGAAGCCAGUGAAAACUUAGUAGAUAUUGGUAGAAAAAUUGUAGCCAAAUGCAAGGGCUUACCUCUUGCUAUAAAAACCUUAGGAAGCCUCUUGAGUUUCAAAACAAAUACUAGAGAAUGGCAAAAUGUUCUAGAUAGUGAAAUGUGGGAAAUAGAAGAGGUAGAACAAGGGAUAUUUCCACCUUUACUAUUGAGCUAUUAUGAUUUGCCUUUUCCAUUAAAAAAAUGCUUCUCAUAUUGUGCUAUUUUCCCGCAAGAUCAUGAGAUAAAGAAAGAUGAAUUAAUUAAGUUAUGGAUGGCGCAAAGUUAUCUUAAGGAAAAGCGAAACAAAGAUAUGGAGUUAAUUGGGGAAGAGUAUUUUGAAAAUUUAGCAAUGCGCUCUUUUUUUCAAGACUUUAAGAAAAAUAUAUAUGACGGUAGAAUAGAAAGCUGUAAGAUGCAUGAUAUAGUGCAUGAUUUUGCUCAAUUUCUUACCAAAAAUGAAUGUUUAAGAAUAGAGACUGAUAAUUAUGUUGAGUCUCAAUUAAAGUCUUCUUUAAAAAAUGCUCGACACUCAAUGCUAAUACUUGGAAAACCAGACUUAUUUCCUGUAGGCGUUGAUAAUAAUAAAAAAUUGCAUAGUCUUUUGGUUAAGAGUCAAGAUUCAAGAAGCCGACAGACUCUGUCCAAAUUAUUUGAUAACUUAAGUCUACGAGCAUUACAAUUUAGUCGAAAUGAGCAUCGAUUUAAGAGAAUUGCCUAA